AAUGUCGUGAUGCGAGCAAGCAGCAUGCUGACAGCUACUAUAGAGGGUCCGCCAGAGGAACUGUAAGGUGCCAAUUUGGAAGGACUUAAGGAGUCAACACACUGAAAAAAACCUGCUGUUUGUUUAUAUGCUCAACGCCUCCCGCCUACCGAAGAGUAUUUACACGAGACAUAAAUAUAAUGUAUCUUAAAUCCACUCAAAAUAUGCCAGCUUCAAAAGAAUUACUGCGCUUCUCGACAGCGCUUUGCGCUUAAGGCCAAUUUACUUCGACCUAAGGAAGACGUUAGUAACCGAACAGGACACAUCAUGCCUAUUCGUCGUGGACGCUUUGCACCGCAGAACACGUUUCUGGAAACGAUUGCCCAGAAAUUCGACCGAGGAAGUAAGUAACCAUUUGUACUGAGAACAAUAAUAAUUCUGUUAGUAAUGAGUAAUAGUGCUCGUAACACACCGCUAGCAAGUCAGUAAUGUUACGGUGCAUAAUGUGUUUUACCGACUGAACAUUUCUUAACUUGACAUUGCAUCGUAAGUGCUUAUUGCUCAGCUGAUUACAAGUAAUAAUUCUUAGUAUUUCAUGCAUGGCUAUCUUACUUUAAAUUCAGCCGCCUAGCGCACACAACCGACUGCCACGAGUAAUAAAUGCAUUUCUUGUAUUGAACGGUUGGUUGAUAACUAACGUUUAUUGCCCAGUUGGUUAUUUAAGUAAUAAUACACUCAGAAUUUCCCGCAUGGCUCUCCUCAGACAGUAACUUCGUUCUUGGCAGCGCCCAGGAAAAGAACAAUUACCCUAUAGUCUACUGCAGUGAUGGCUUCUGUGAGCUUACUGGUUUUUCCCGGAGCGAAUUGAUGCGCCGGAGUUGUGGCUGCAGUUUCUUGUACGGGCUGGAGACCAAGCAAGACGACAUAGCGAGUAUCCAAAAGGCGUUAAAAACCCAGGUUGAGCUUAAAAAGGAAAUUAUGUUCUACAAAAAAAACGGUAAGAAACAAGGCAUAUUUCUUCGCGCUGAUCACGUUUGAACACUAGAUCUUCAUUAGUAUUCUGGAGGAUUAUUUUUUUUGACGAUCUAAUUUAAUACCUAAUAAUCCGGCUACAUUGAAAUAUAGUCUCUGGAUCAUUACUAACUUUCAAGUUGUAGGUUUCUUCAUUUUACUAUUAUAAUUCCCAGUCCUCUUACAAAUUUACCAUAACUCUGUCUUGCUCUUUGAUGAUGAAAUUCGAACGGCACCUGCACAUUUUUAAGGCAUUUUUAGUUAUUUUUUAUCGGACGCUCCAGUUAAGUUUGGGCAUUCAAGAAGCGUAAUACUACCAAACAAUUACAAAACAAGUCGCAGAAAAUUUACAUAAAAAGUUAUAACCUCUCUUAGUCUUGGGUGAAUAUUUACCCUCGCCAAUUUCGAUCUGGUGAAUAAAAAAAGUUUAAUUCAACUUUGAAACCCGAAGCUUUUACUCGGUGAUCUUACUUUUUCGCUGUGAUUCGCCCAGUGUGAGUGCGUGUUUAAAAUAUCUAGGAAUAAAUUCACCCAUCGAGAGAAGCAAACGCUUCAUUAACAUAAAAUAUCAGAGGUGACCUCCUGUUUUGAAUUUGUCUGCCCAGAAAAUAAAAUAUAGUCCUUAAAUAUCAAAACAAAAGUUAGUUGCUCUGUAAUUAUCGUUUAACGAAAUGUCUUUCGUUUUUGAGGGAUUAAUUUUCAAGGAGAAAAUAUACGGAACCAUGAUAAAUUUAGUCUUCUAUAAAUUAAACUGAUUUUGGCUCCGUUGUUAAUACCUAGUGGCACUUCAUUUCUACUACAAAACAAGUUCACGAGAGCCAUGUACAUCUCUCUCUGCCAGACCGACGAAGAACGCUAAUAUAACGACAAUAUGGACGCCGCAAAUUUUGAGCAAUUUCCCUACCUAAACAAUGAGUUCUAUAGAUAGUUUCAAAGAACAUGUAAGCGAUGUUUUGAAAAGGAAGUGUUGUUUUCGGUAGUGAUGCGGCGUAAAAGCAUUCUCGUCUGACAAGUCGAUGCUAUGCAGUCUGCAUAUUAAAGUCAAAGCUUGGAGAGAAAAUUGUACGAAGAAUACAUCUUAUUAAAACAGAUUACUAAAUAAAUACCCCCCGAAGCUCUGCAGUUCCUUUGAUAUUACUAUUAUUUACUUCUUUUUAUUUCUUUUUCUUCGCUAAAAAGAGCAUAUAGGAUGUAAAAUCGACCUACUUGCACAUAUCAACUACAGCACUAGAAAUUAGCGCCUUUAGCUAUGAUAUAUCAACUUCCAACUCAAAACCCUUAACGCAGUUUAAUAGUGAAUAUAGUAUGUCCGGUGACUACUACGACGUCAUAACCACGAACAAGUAAAGUGCGCUAAAAGAAAUCUUUAAAAUGUAGGUGUUAUUCAUAAAAAGACAAUGAGAAACGUUUUCUGUGCGUGAUAUAUAUUUUUUUACAUUACACUCAGGAAAAGCUUGGUGAUACGGGACGAAAAAUACGAAGGCUAUAAAUAUCAUAUCAAAACAAUGUCUUAUAUUGACGGGUUAUUUGGUUUUUGAAGCCCUGGGUCAAUAUUCAAAUCGGGCAAAACGAAUGAGAAAUGUCUAGCCUCUUAAACGGAGUAAUUUUUUGUUACAAAUCGAUGAAUAAUGUCGGAUAUUAUAUGUACGCUUUUCCGAUGAUUUCUCAGUAGAAGAUUUGCGAAGAUAUUCGCCUACGUACACUGCAGCGCUCUCUAUCUCAUUUAUAGACGCUAUAAAACUCAAGCUAAAUGGACAUUUAGACGCCACUGACACGAGCCUAUUUUGCCUUAAUUUACAAACAUCUAAAUCGAACUAAAUUCACUAUGGGUUUUUCUUAUUAGAAAAGAAAUUUUUUGUUCAAGUAACAAGCUGUAAACGUGAAAGCAUGGUUCAUCGAAAACCUAAAUGUUUGCCGAGUAUUUAGCGCAUUGACAUAUUGUACAAAAAUCUCGUAUUAUCGGCCAUCACAAAAGCCAAUUUGUUCAAUUUUUCAUCGAUCACUGACUACCAAUGAGCUACUCUAGCGAGUAUCCAUAGAAUAUAUAUCUAAUUCGUGGAAAUCAGCAUUAAUUCUACUGGGGUAUUUUUGCAUUUUAAGGGAAUUUAUUCAUCGUUAGUUGUUCUGAACUGGUUUCCCAACUUGGUCGUCUAACGAAAACAAAAACGAGGGAUUUAUUGGUCAAUAAAUGGCAUGUACGCCCCAUCAAAUAUCGUCAAAAGCUCCGGAGCAAUACAUGGCACGGUUUCAGAAGCAGUACAAAAACUGAACGAAAAAAUAGAUUAAAAAGAACUACGACUGGUCCAGUAAAAUAUAACUGAGAUAACGCUAUGGGUAUUUAAUGCACGCCAAAGCUUGUCUACUUUAAUGUUAAGAAUGGAAUAACACUCUGACGUGCCUCGUCUGCGAUUUUUUUAAAGGAGUAUUUCAAUUAUCUGUAAAGGACGGACGGAGUAAUUUACGUUAUAAGUUCGUUUGUUUCAGCAGCCACUAGCUUGACAAACACUGAUAUAAAAUUGGCGCCUUGGGUCAACAUAAGCAAUAAUGCAGAUACGCCUUCUGUAAGCUUAGCUUUAACAAAAAAGCCGACAGACUUAUCAAAAGUGACACUACAUCACUAAGAGACAAGAAGGCUUUCGAAAAUGAAGGCGCGUACGUCAAUUUGGUUUCCUUAAUGUUCCUUGAAAGAAUUUUAAUUAAUUUAAAUCAAUUUUUCCCGGAGGUUUUUUUUUUUUUGAAUGAAGCGUUAAACCUGACGAUUGUGCGAAAAGUGCAUUAUUUAAAGAAAAGAGAGCCACUUUGCUUAGAGCCAUACAAAUUCUUUAGCGCGCAAGUAAAAAGUUAAGCAAAAUUUUUACGGUGGCAGUUAAAAUGGACUAAUAAAUGCAACUCAUUUAGUCAAAAAUUUCUUAUUUGUACAAAUAUUCUAACAAUAAGUAGUGAAACAUAUUGAAACUUGCACACUAAAAGACAGUUAUACUUUCAUCUUUUUCGUUUCCCAGAAACAAUAAAAUGAUUCGACGCAAAAUCUUGGCCGAGAUAGCUGAACUACACAUCUACAAUUUGAAGAACAAGUUUUUACAACACUUGAAGCUUCGUAUCUAUGGCUUGCACAAACAAGUGUAGAGGCUAAAUUAAUUCCAUUCUUUUGUCUUAAAACACCAAUAUAAUCGCGGCUCAUGACUCUCUUUCAGUGUUCGUUUUUAUGUGCCGCACUUAUUUUAUUGCAGCCACUUAAGACGUUCUUUCAAAAGUGAUAAAUAAUGACAAAGAAUGCGCCAUUACAUUUUGAACUAAUCAACUACAAAAGUUCUUAAAAACACAUGGAGUUGAAUAAGAUUAUAUUUUUGCAUGCAGUUUUGCCUGUUUUUCAACAACCACGGAGGAAAAUUGUUUGUAUAUCGGAAAUGCACCUUUCGCGAGAGCUCAAGCCUGCUAAUUUACACCCGGGCGAAAAUUGUUGCUAGUCGCAAUCGAGGUUUUAAAGUUUAAUUGUGUGCACGCGCCCGGCGGCGGAAAUUUUUUUUCCAUUCGUGUUAAUAUAAACAUGUUUAUUCAGAACGAAGUAAUUCGGAGCGAUCUGCGAAAAGGGGUGAAAAGAUGUUCUUUGAUAUAAUGAGAGUGGAUGUCUCUGAUUCCAAUUCUAACCUCGUGGGAGACAAUUUAAACUAAGUUAUUGUCAGUCCAUAUAUUAUUGAUAUAACAAGUUAUUUCAUGCAUUGCGAAAUGUUCUUUUUAUCCCCGAUCGUUUGCAUUUUGCAUUUUUUAAAAGGAUAAAAAUUAGGAAAACUGUUAUUUUGAAUUAAGAGCCCUUCAGGGUUUAGUGGCCUGUUGCAUAUGAUAUGAAAUGGUCAAUUUUCGUGGAAGGUUAAGCGCUGGUCUCUCUCAAAGGAGAGAACAAGGCAAGGAAGUUACUAAUUUCUCCCUUGUGAGAAACAGUUAUUUUCCUUCAUCUUUGCUCUGUGAUAACCCUUAUACACAAAACAGAAGUGUGAAUCCUUUUAGCAGUUGUUUUAUGAGAUGCGGAAAUUAGUUAAGACUAAUCUCAGUUACAAUCAAGCUUCCCAUCUACCAAGCUAAGCAAGAUGCUUUAAUAUGCAUUACUCCUUUACAUAUUCGAGAUCUGUUUGUACUGUGAUUGUGAUACUGAAAAUAUCUGGAUAAUUCACCGCUCUCCAGGAGCGCUUUUGCGUCAUUCGAUCGUUCAUCCUAGAAUUCGAGCCGUAAUUUUCAACUUUUUCUUUUCUAAUCCGUUUCAUUAACUUCUUUUGUGUUAGAUUUCUUUUUUGUGUUGUUUUCCUAGUCCUAGUCUCAUAUUUUCAGCUGUUCUUUCAGAAUAUUUAAUUGUGUUGAUUAGAAAUAUAGGACACCCUUCUUUUAAAAAUGGUAAGAUAAUUUUUUCCCCUCUUUUUGAGUAAAGAGUGGAGACUGGCCUAAAAUAUUAUUGUCUCUAGAAGACACACGAAUUAAUAUCCUCCUCCAUUUCUAUCCGGCAGUUUCAAUUACAAGAAAAUUACCGGCGCUGCCGCUCGCGUAUGACUGUGCACUAUACAAUAUAUAUUAAAAUGACACAAACCCAAACAUCCUUAGGUAACAAGUAGCAGGGCACCUACGAUAAUGUAACUAUGUACCUGGUCACUGCGCACAUGCGCUAGUUGUAGCUUCUUUCAGCUGUUUAUUGAAACAACUUUCUUUCAUCAGAUACACGUAAAUGAUAGAACAAACAUGAAUAUUUUUUUAUUCGUAAAGGAGGAAGAAGCAAAAGUAGGAUCAAGUUCAGUUAUAUAUGAUGCAUUCCGUUUCAUCGAGUACCACCAGUUAUGGCCGAAGGUUAAUUUUCUCGCUAUUUAAACUCGAGAUAGAGGAAUACGUUACUUUGUCAGGACCACGGCUCAAGGAUCAAAGUCUUAAUGUCCUAAGUAAUAAAUGAAACCACUUACUUUUUAUAGUUAGUUUCAUUUAAAAGUUGAAAGCUUUAACAUAACAGUACAAUAAUCACAAUUUUCCGCAAAUCUUUUGCCUAAAAUCACUAAAGAAAUGAAAAUACCUCCCCAUAUUGAAAAAGGGUUUCAUUGAACAUUACUCGAAAACUGAAAUCAUUUUACAAAAUUUACGAGUGUUCCGUUCGUUGUAAAAUUCAAACUACUAAGGAACACAAACUGCAGAGAAAUUUUCAGUGCAACUGUAUAGUUAAGAUUAAGUGAUACAUUUUUUUCAUGUUACAUAACAUUCAUUGUAACUACACUGUGAUGAAAAGAUACAAAUAAACCAUUUUUAAACCCUACCUACAAUAUCAUGAACCAAUGAAAUUAAAGCAAACAAUGCUCUUGGUAAUCUUCAGUCGUUUUCAUGCAAAAUAGGUCGAUUAGUUUAAUAUGCAAUAAAGGUGUAGAUCUUUGCUCGAUUUGUCUCAUCAUCUUUAGCAAGCUUCUGCAGUUACUUUUUCAAAAUUAGUUAAGUUUGUAGUAAGUUAAUGUCUAGCAAAAGCUUACUCUAACUUGAGUAUUUACACAUAAGAAGCCACUCCCAUUCCCCCCCCCAACCGCACCGCCUCGUUACCAAAGGAAGGCUUAAAAAACGAAACCUAAUAGUAUUUAAUUUCGUGUUUUUCUUUUUCUCCAAUUAACGAGUUUGAAAAACAAUAAUCUGACCCUACAGGUCAGAUUUUUGUGUAUAAAAGACGUUAGCAUGGCAACAUCACAUCUGAACAAGAAGGUUAUUUUAUUCUUUAUUUUUUAAUUCCGUUAUUUUGAGUUUCAUGUGUUCGUUAGAAUGACUUUACCUUUUUCUUAAUGCUUGAGAAACUUUCAAUACAUAGUCGUGAGGGCAACAUAUAAACAAUGUGUUGUUUGGACGGUUUAGCCAACAUUACGUCCCUUUUUUUCUCCAAAGCCUAUUAACUCUCGCUUGAAAACUGGUACAAAAUAGGUAAUAAAAAGAUAUUUACUAAAUGGACGCUUGACAUUUUAAGUUCAAUUUUGCUGUUUUUGUCUUCCUUGCUUCUUUCUGUUGUUUUUUCCUUGCUUCGAUGACGUCAUACUUAUACUUAUGCCCAGCUAGGUGCAUCUAGCCAGCCACGUAAUUGUAAGAUUAAGCUUUGCAGGAAACGAUCAAAUGGUACUAAAACCUACGAAAACCACCUUGUUGAACGGCAAACGAAGCAGAGGGACAAGAAAAGUAAAAAGAUUACAUCAUUCAACAAGCUAAUAACCAUUCUUUUCAAGAGCUUACUGCGUCGUUUGCAGGCCAGCAAGGUGUUUUUGUAUCAUAUGACCGUGUGCAAAGGGCCCAUUACUUAUAAUAUUCCCAGAAACCUCAAAUAAGUGUAUUAAGAAGUUCCUAAGAAAUAAUUUGGCUCCAUUUUAAUAUAAGAAAAAAAAAAAAGUGGGUUGAGACUAUUUGAAACAUUGGCGGGCAGAAAUCCCACAUUUGUUCAGUCUGAAAGUACAAUGUCAAACACGAGAGGUAGUGUCUCAUUACAUGUCAAACACGGACAAAAAAAAGGUUGUAUGUGUAGAGACCAUAUCUUAAGUGAAUUUUCUCGUAAAUUGUUUCUAGGGAACCUCUCAAACAAACUUUUUUCAGAGGAGAAAUUCAGGAAGCGAACAGAGAGAGGUUUUCAUCACAUUUCCUAACAAUGCACGCUGCAUGAUUUCCUUAUAAAUUUGUCUUUUGACAUGUUUUUGAGAAAUUGUAGAUGCCGAGACUAGGAAUGUGUUCGAAUAACUUGAACUACUUGCAAAAUGAGAAUAACGUCUUUACCACAUUCGACGAACGUAUACGAAAUGUGAAAAUAAAAAUGUUCGAGAAGUUAUAAAAUCCUCGAAAUAUAUUUCGAUAUAUAUUUCGAAGUAUAUUGCUCGAAGAGCGAAAUAUAUUUCGAGAAUUUUAAAGCUUCUAGAGCAUUUUUAAUUUAACAUUUUACUUUUCGUAUACGUGUGUCGAAUGUGGUAAAAACGUGAUGUUUUAUUUUGCAAGUAGUUCAAGUUCUUUUGAUAUGAUGUAAAAGAAAUACAUUAGCUAAUGCUCGCCUAGUAAGGGAAGGGCUUAAGACUUGAUAAUCGGUUGCAUUAGAAGAUUGAAUUUACCUGAAUAAGGCAGAGGAAAAAAAGAUAACAAUUAUCGGGUUUUUUUGCAUAAAAUCCGGCAGAAAUUAACGUUGUUGUUGAAAUUUCAGAUCGGACUAUAGCGUAAUCUAUUGCUUAUUCAAACACAUGGUUUCAAAAUAUAUAUUUAUUUAGAUAUAGUGAUCCUAUAUCAUCGCAUUGUCGGAUCAUUCCAAUUCUAAUGUUUAUUUAGAUCUUUCAGUGAUAUUUGAAAAUUUUCCUGCAAUGUUUAAAACCAACCAUUUUUUACUUUAUGAAAGUGAAUAUACAAAAUUUCACAGAUUUAAACUGCCAGAGAAAUGUGUAUAGGCAAUUUUAUAAAAGAAACGACAUUCAAAACCAUGACUUCUGCUAUUCUUCUACAGCCACAGUAAACGCUUAAGUGACUUUAGUAGCUUAUAAUCAGCUACACCAUACAUGACUAAUUGCUUGUUUGAGCUUUUAAAAACCUUUUGGCUUUUAACGGUCAUUAACUUUCAAAUAACAAUGAGUCUUAAGCACAAUUGUAGAACACAUAAAAAGCAAUCAGUCUUCAAAUAGAACUGAAGAUAGCAGAAGAUAUUAACCCACAUCACGUUUAUAGAAAAAAACUCUACGUUUUUCCAAUAAGAACAUGAGCUUAAUGAUGUUCACAUACACUUUUAGAAAACUCCCAGCCGGACAGAUGAUAAAAUCCUCUCUAAUAAUUCAGUUUGGAACAUUUACAUGUACUAGUUGCUCGUAUUCGGUUACAAAGCUGUACCGAAAAAGGAAAAUCGGAAAAGGCUUACAUUUAAGUAAGUAUCCCAUUAGCAGCUGUCGGCACCUGAUGCUAGUGUAAUUGAAAAAUGAUCGCAAAUUUUAGAAUUUGAAAUUGUUGGUUUAAGUCAAGUGAGGACCACCUAUUUUGACAAAAGGGAUAAUAAUGGACUAAGAAUGAGUUUGAAUGUGAAAAAGCAUUUGCGAUAAAGGUGAUUGAUACCAUUAACCUAUUUGAAACCUAGUUGUUUCAAAGCAUCUUGCAACCAAUAUGUUUAACACUGAAACGAAAAAUAAAUAUGAGCCACCUAAAUCUGCAUUCGUAGAAAAUAAAGCGAAACAUAAGUGACUCUUUUUCUGGUCAGCCCUUGGAACACUUGGAAAACGAUCCAACCAAAAAUUUUCUUCACCGUAAGUAAUUGAGCUUUCGAAAUUCAUGAAUGCUCAGCUUUAUUGAAAAUAGCCCCACAUCAUUAUAUAUGAUAGUCAGACAAACUUGGCAUAUUGGAGUCACCAUUAUCAGUGAUGGUCACAAGAAAUACUGCUCGAUAAUUUUCAAUUGAGUGAUUUCACCUAAAGAGUUUAUUCAGAGACUGGCUGCUGGCCACCUUGAAAAGCAUGAUAAUUAACAGCGCCAUAGAGACGGAGAAAAAUAGUCCUGCCUUAAGAAAAGCUUAUUUUAAUGCUCACACCUAAGGAUUAUAUCCCAAGACUCGAUUAGUAACUAGAUGCACCUUUUACAGUGUAGUAAAUAGUACCACUUGAAAGAAAUGCUCUGCACCUUUCAACUGAUUAUGGCCAGGGUUUUAAAAAUCUAUCCCAGGACUCAAAUUAGAGCAUAAUUAUAACAGAGCCUAGACACAUCUUCCCUUUUCUAGAAGUCUUAGAGCUCUCUCAUAAUCAGUAGACCACUGAACCAGAUGGUCAUUAAUUUAAAUUGUGCACAUUUACAGAUAAUUUUCAUCAACAGUCGCAACUUUUCAAAGCAUCUAUUUAAACGGACAGCGUAAAAGUAAUGUGCUUUACGAAAAGUAAGAAGCACAAAAGACGUAGUGAUGAUAUCAAUAACUAGAGGAAGUUAAACUGAAUUGCGUUUUCGUGAAAGGCACUUAAUUGUCCGAGUAUUUCAUCAUCACCAAAGUUACGCCAAAAUGUCUCUCAUUUAUUUUGUAGUUUUAUAUGCUACGUCAUUGAAAAAUAGAUUAAUUUUUGUAAGAAGGUUCUCGUUCGGUGACAUUUAAAAUGUACGCAGCUGACCAGAAAAUCAACAGUUUCAACAAUAACGAUAGUUAUAGGAAAUAAUGUCAGAGGACAUUCUAAUCUGUGCGCAUGCUGAAGUCGUCCUUUAGAGUUAUUAUUUAAGAAGAUAUCAAGCAAAUUUCGUCAAGGAGCGAUCCAAAAUAAGUUUUUUUCCCUGAUUUUUGCAGACAUGAUCAGAAGCUUCUAAGAAGUUGGCCCAAUUUUUUCAAUUCAGUUCAAUCCAUGUCUAUCCAAUGGUAAUGCAUAAUUGUUACAUUGGCAGAAUAGAAUUCAGAGUACGCACAGAAGACUUGCACUAGAACCUAUAGCUUUAUCUCUGAUUAAAGAGUCCUUCCAAUUCACUUCUCUCGUUGUCAAACUCCUGAACGUAUUAAAAAGACAAAGGUACUAACUAAACUGUGCUUUAUCCAACGUUGAACAUUAGCAAAACUGCCUUUGCACGCAAAUACACUGAAAAUGCAAAUUUGCGACAGACGGGCACAAUGCACCUGCAGAUCGUGCACAAAUGAUAAUGCAGAAGUGAUAUUUACACGAAGCACUACCCAAACAGCAAUUUGAGAAUAUUAUGGUAUUUUUCGAAGAAGCGCUAUUAUUUUAGGAAUAAAACUGAUGCGAUAACACGUUUUAGCUUUUCUUUUAAACUGAAAAAGAUAGCAAAUAAAUAGCGUGUCAUAGCCCCAGUUUAACAAGGCAAGGGGACUAAAAGCUCAGACCAAUCGUUUUUUCUAAAUUGAUCCAGAAGGUAUCUUACAAAUGUAGCCCCAAAGGUAAAUAGAUUCAUUAUUUUCAUCUCCGGGGCGGGGAAUUAGUCAUAUGUCCGAGAGUAACACAACUUCUAGAAAAAGGAAUCUUUACUGUGCAAUCAUCUUAUCGCAUCUAACAAUAGAGCUAUGGGAGCUCAUUAAAACAUAGUAAAUGGUACGCGUUAACCCUAAAGCAAUGUUUCCUAUUUUCAAAUAAACAAUUAAUGCACCAUAAAACACAGCUUAAUAGCCACGUAAAGCGACAAACCACAUCUUACGACAUCAGUUUGGGUGUUUAAUAACCUAAUAAGUAGAAGCUUUAUGGAUUCUUCAAAUGAAAAACUCCCGUAUUUUUGAUUAAUAUCAGCGGAAAAGCCUGUGGGCGUUCUUAUUGUAUAACGACUCGGAUUACUUAAUCCGGGAAAUGUUUGCUUGUGGAAAUUUGGAAUCGUGGGCUUUAAAACCCGGACUUCAGCUCAGGGAAUCCGGAAUCCCUAUAACGAUUUCAAUCCGGGACUCACUUGAAGUUGAAGUUCCAAUACCUGGAAUCCGGAAUCCACUGCGUGGAAUCUGGAAUCCAAGACUGUAUUUGAUUAAGACGGAAUCCACCAGGAAACUAGGUAAUAUUAAUUUUCAGUGGACAAAAACCUUGUACCAGAAUAAUUUAAGGAAUAUUGCAUUCUUUUUUACAUUUGUCAAGGGCUAAAGAUGAAAUAAAUCAUCCGUAGUAACACCAAAGAAAAUUUCUCAUGAAAGUCAGAGAAAAUGAAUGUCAAAUUUCACCAGAAUUGUGAUUACACAGGUAAACUUCCGACAAUUUCAUGUGUAAGAUGUAACUUUGUGAAAUUUGACAUUCAUUUUCUCGGCAUCCCAUAAGAAAUUUUUUCUUGUGUUACUACAGAUAACUUAUUAUAUCUUUAGCCCUUCAAAAAUGUAAAAAAGAAUGUAAUAUGCUUUAAAUUAUUCUGGUACAAGAUUUUUGUCCACUGCAAAUACUCAAUGUCCCGGUGGAUUCCGUCUUAAUACUUUACGUGGGACGAAACGAUGUGUGUUAAAGUGAAGGGUGAUUAUUGUUCACUAUGCAGGUUCAUGCAUGCCUAAAUUUUUAAAGACGAGGUAUUACAAAACAAAUCGAAUCCAGUGUGGUGAUCAAACUUAAAAAAGGGUAGCCGAUAGCUGCCAGUUUACAAGCAGAAAAAGUUUUUUUUCGUUUUUAGGGAAAGUUAACAAUCGUGAUCCAACAAGCAGUAGAGUUGCAUUGAAUGUUCUGCAUAUUGAACAGCUGAAAUUUGUUACAUAAUGCAUUUACAUAAUGAACAAACAAAAAUUAAAGAUCAUUCGCUGGUGAAUGAAGCACAAUUCAUAUCUAGAGAAAAGGAAAGAAAUAUAAAGAAAAGAAAUCAGACUUAUGGAGCAAAAUGGGUACUUCAAAGUUGAGCAACAUUAACAAUAGACAGUACACAAGAGGUGUAAAUUAAACCAUUCAAAGACAGUGCAAACGUCAUCUCCUUCAUAGCUUGAGUUCUCACGAAAUACAAAAAAACGUUGUAGGUAAUUGUUGGGGUCCCCACGGUUUUGCUUUGAUUUCGAUCAGCCACAGAUUUGAGUCUUGGAAAAUUAAGUCAAUCAGGAGCAGACGAAAAUCGGAUUUUUACACUAGUAGAAAUAAUUAAAAUAAUAGACAAUUGCAAGCCUAAGCGUGUCCAUAUCCCCGGGCAUUUUGUCGGCCAUUUGUCUUUUGCCUUUUCUUUCCUUCAGAAAGCAACAAAUGCCUCACGGUGGGGAAGCAGAUCCAUUUAAAGGCCAACGUGGUAGCUAAUAAUCUAAUAAAAUUGUCAAAAAAAUGCCAUCCGAGGAAAGUCUCGCUUACCAAAGAAGGUUGUGAAUCUACAUAUUGUCGACGAAAAAAAAACUGAAAAACAAGCUUAAACAAAAGCCGACGACUAAAGUGAACUGGCUAUAAAUAUUCAAUAAAAAAAAACUCAAAGCUCAUUUUAUAAAAUCCUGAAAAAUAAAAGAGCGCUCAUCCACCAUUUAAUCGGUCGAGGAGACUCGACAAAUAUCUAGACUUACAUCACAAAUCAAACAUCUCAAAGUUCGUUUUAACACUCCGCAAAGAAGGCAUGGGGGAUAUAGUGCAGGCUUGACUGAGGUCUCCUGAUUACCUUUAACAGUGAAUGACUUGGCAUAAGCAGAAGUGUGACUCAGAACUUCUGAAAACAGAUUUAUAGCUGAAAAAUGUUCGAGGUCAAAGCCAAUGUGCAGGAUUGUACAAUGCUUACAAUUAGCUAUUUAUCCCAGCAAAGGAGACAUGAAUAAAGCAUUCACUGGUUUAGCCAUUCAGAAAAGGCAAACUAAUUUGCCUUUAGACAGAGAUGACAAAUGCUACAUAGUAGCUAUAGAUAAACGGGUCUAAAGUACAUCACGUAGAGAUGCCCUACCUGGCCUACUGCGUCACUUUUGACUUGCCCCAAAGACUAUUUAUGAAGGCCUCUCCGAGCAUUCGUCGCGGUCAAGGGAAAGAAAUUUGAAUAAGUGAAGCAAUGUGGGUCAAAGCUAAGAUUUAAAGUUAAAUAUAUUAUCAACAAGCUGUUAAUUCACUGAAACUUUUUGCUACUAGAAAGGUACUUAUUAGUGUUUAAUAACUGAAUUUGGUGAUACUGUGGGCGCCAAAGUAUAUCUUUGCUUUAGCAUUCAGACUCCGGAAGAAUCAUUGGUACCGCUGAUUUUGUUGUUGUUCUUGUUUUUGUCUUUGUUUUUAUUUUUGUAGUUGUCUUUGUUUAGUAUGUAAGUAUAUAACUAUUCCGACCUUAAAUUCUCUUGUAGGAUCUCCAUUUUGGUGUUUAUUAGAUAUUGUUCCAAUCAAGAACGAAAAGGGGAACGUUGUGCUGUUUCUUGCUUCACAUAAAGACGUCACAAAAAGAAAAAUCAGUGGAGAGGUUCCUGAACAGGAUGUGGGUAUGCUAUCUAUAAAAUUGCAAUAAAUAUCUUUAAUUUGUUUAUUUCUUUUCUUUGGCUAGGCGUGACUCAGGAUUCUUAACUAACUUCGGCGGAUUCUUUAGAACAAAUAAGACGCGAAAUUCGAAAACAGGGCUACUUUAUGAUAUCGAGACGUUGGCGCGUAUUGGGAUAGUUGUGCGUCUACUGCCGACUUCAAGCACCUUAAAGAAACACCCCGGGGUGGGGUAUUUGCAUUAAACUUAACUUUAAACGUUACUUUUGUCAAUUGACGUUAAAACAUGAAGUUUACGUCAUAAGUAAGCUGUUUCAUAUUUUUAGGCUAUGCAAGAAUCUCUGGAUCAAUUUAGGUUUCUCGGAAUCUGCCCCUCCCCUAAGCCAACAUUAACACUUAUUUCUCACUUAGGGUAAAAUGUUGGCUUAGGGGAGGGCAGGUGGGAAGUUUCCCAAAGUUGGCAUAAGUUUCUGUUGUCCGUACUAAGGCUACGUUAACACGGCAUCGAACGAAUUUUCGACCGGUUGAAAAUUCGUGCGUUCACGUGUUAUGUUCAAACGGAAUCACCUUAACCAACAACGUUCCGUGUGAACAGAGCGAAAUAUUUGAAGGUCCCGUGUGAACGAUGUGUUCGGUCAAAUAUCUUGUAGCCGGUCGAAAAUUCGUCAGAUUUAGUGUGAACGGAGCCUAGGUGCUUUAUGGUGAUGUUACACGAGAAGAUUCGCAACGACGAUUUUUAGCGCAACACGGCCUUGCAACAUUGUUGCGACAUUAUUUCGAAUGGUUACAACAUUGUUCCAACGUUGCAAGGUUGUGUUGCGCUAAAACUCGUCGUUGCUAAUCGUCCCGUGUAACAUCACCUUUAAGAACCAGGGGCGGAUCCAGGAUUUUCUUUAGGAGGGGGUGCACUCGUCUCUUCUUCUACUUCAACACCAAUAAACCACAUAGUUUUUUUUUCGCAGAAUACCAGUUGUAUUAGAAAACUGCAGGUCAUCUCGGGGGGCGGGGGUGCGCACCCCCUGCACCCUCCCCCUAGUUCCUCCCCUGAGAACUACUAUUUUAAAAAGAAAUAAACCUUGACUACAAUUUUAUAACCAUAAGCAUCACAAACUAAUGAUCAUUAUUUUAAACUGAAUCGUUGGAUAAUGCAAUUCUAGAGUUGUGAUUGGCUUAGCCCUCCAAAUAUGGUAAACUGUACGCGUCUGCUCAAAAUUAAAACCAACCUGAAAUUCGUUUGUUUUUGCAAAUAAAGUAGGGAAGAAUUCUCCUUAUUUUGUAGGCGUUCUUAAUAAAACAGUUAUUGACCACUCGCGCUUCACCCUUGCUGGAUAUGAGAUGAUUAUAUAGCCAACUUGGUGCUAAGCGCCUCGUUGGCUACCUACCAUCUCAUAUCCAACGCGCACUCGUGGAAUAAUUGCUUUUUUUUUUCUUGUUUUUCUAACAGCCUCGGUGGGUGAAAAACAAAAGCUGAGCCGGUCUCGCUCCAGGAAAUUCAGCCGCGAUGUUCUCCUUCAUUUAUCUAGACAAUACCAACAGAGCACGACUCCUACAAAUAAGACCAAUCCACGAAGACCAAUUAAACGAGCUAGGGUGAGUAAAAAAAGCUAAACAGAACUCGUACAUACUUUAAUUAAAAAAUAGAGACUGGGUCAUGUGAUGAAAUAGCGGUCUUUUGUCAAACUGGAAUUGAAACAAACCAAUUUAAUGUAGUAGUGGUAGUAGUAGUAGCGGUUGUAUUACUAUUAUAAACGAAAUUAAUUGUAAACAGGUUUUAGUAGUCGGUUUUGAUAGCAAUAAAAGGCUAUUAUUAUAAAAAGAAAAAAUUAUCACCAUGCAAAUUGUUAUUUUGGAUAAAACUGGUGUAAGCUCUAUUUUUCUUCUACUUUCCGUUUAUCAUGAGAGUUGUUCUGAAUUUCUCAAUGAAAUAUAAGCAACUAACCCACAGAAUGACAUAUAUAAGGAUUUAGAGUGUUUGAAUAUUAAUUUGUCUAUUCUUAUUUUUAGUCCUUCUCUUUUAAUGCUGAACGGCUUCCGCAAUACAAGCGAGAGUCGGACAAGAAGUCCAAGUUUCUCUUCCUUCACUACAGCAACACUAAAGGAUUCUGGGAUUGGUGGAUUCUCAUCUUAACGACAUACAUUGCAGUCAUGGUCCCUUAUAAUGUGGCCUUCAGGAGAAACGACCGAAAAAGGGACCUUAUUAUCUUCGAUAUGGUCAUUGAGUUGUUCUUUAUCAUGGAUAUUGUGGUGCAUUUUAGAACUUCUUUUGUGGAUACAAGUGGAAGGAUUAUUUAUGACCAAAGAAAGAUAGCGAUUCAUUAUCUCAAGGGAUGGUUUAUUUUGGACUUUUUGGCCGCCUUACCUUUUGAAGCUUUGUAUUUUCUCAAUCAAUCUUGGGUAGGUGUAGUGUAGUGUGCGUUACGUUUAGACUACUGGUAGUCAAGAACGUUAAAUGUUAAACAACCUUAAAAAAUUGAAAAAAAUGAAAAUCCACCCAUAUUAAUGAAAUUUUAUCCAAUUAUAAUUGUCAUUAUAACUGAUAUUGUUUGCUUUGAGACCGGCAGAUUUAAAAGAACUUAAAUUAAUAUUCAAAAUAAAAUUGUCCUCAACUCAGCGCUACAGUAAUGACUGUACUUCCUAAAAUCGUGACUUUUGUAACGUGUUUGACGAAUCGCUGUUGGACUUGGCUUUAUUUAAAAAAAUGGCUACCUGUUUUUCAAACGCGUCAUACUGUCGGUUCGUUGUAAAUGGUUUAAUUAUUCAACCGGGUUGACCUUCAUUUUAAAGCCUAAGUAAGAAAAAAUAAAUUGCUAAAUGAAGGAAUUACCUUGUUAAGUUCGUAACGACAAAAACCUACAGACUUUUUGAUAGGGGAAACAUCUUACUAUUUAGAAAAAAAGAUUUCCCUGUUGACUGAUUAGUUCCUAAUAGCUUUCUCCGUUCUUUUUGUUAUCCAGGCCAACUCAACAUUUGAUAGAAAAGGCUCGUCAUUUAACGAGGUACUUUAACUAUAUGUAAUCACCUGUAUGUGCUUUAAACUGAUUAACUUUAAACCCUUUUCCUCUAAAGAACAGUUAUUCAUAUUAUAAACUGAAAAGAAUACCAAGCUUAAGCUAGAUCUGAAUUCUCAUACAGUCCCAAACGCCGCUCGUUAGAGCUUUACUUGGAGAUUUAUGAGGUUUUGUUUGACACGUAUUUCUAGUCAUACGCGGGAGUUCAUCUGCGUGACAGGCAAAAUAUACAUUUUCUCUACUGUCUCCUUAACUAAUUCUGAGAGUGUGCUGGGUAAACUAUACUGGGAUUUGUUCUUUGAAUUCAAUUAUCUCCCUCGCACUCCUUGCUGAUAACAAUAAACUUGCUGACUUCUUGCAACGUUGAAUUUUCGAAAAAAAAAAAAAAAACAAGUUAGUGACGAUAACUUGCGAAUCUUUCAUCUAACGCUUGGCUAACUAGCCUUAGAGCUAAUAUUCUCUCAGUGAAUACCACAGUGAAAAAAAAACAAAGCAAACAAAUUCCUACAUGACAGUUUGAUCACAUCAGUAUGUAACCUUAUUGACCGCUUUUAAUCAAUGGAAUAAGAAUUUGUUUUAAUUUAUCUGGGGAUUCACAAUAGACCAUUUUACAGUUGUGGAUGGAAGCGAGGCUGAGGGUGACCUUGUUUUGAUACAAACCUUCUUGCUUUAUUAUGUAAAUCAAGUUAUUCUUAUGCUAACUAGUAUUUUUCAAGAACAAUUUCAAUAACAAAGAAAAGAAGGUUUGUAUCAAAACAAGGUCACCCUUGUGCAACUAUAGGUAAUAACUAUACUUAAUUUGGGGUAUGCAAAUGCAUUGUGGGAAACUGUAAAGUGGUAAUGGUCCGCCUUGCUAACUCAAAACGUCAUUUCUUGUAAGUAGAUGCUUGUCAACGCGAAAAAAAUAAAGCAAAGAAUCUCUUUGAAUAAUGACUGGCUUUAAAUCGUUUAGCUCCUGAAAUUUGCUUUAUUUCUUUCUUCUCUCUAACCACAACUUUCUAACUUGAUUCCAUUGUAGGGAUUUCUCAUUCAGCUUCUCAAGUGUGGACGACUGCUUCGUCUGUUUCGUGUGGUCCGGAAACUUCAACGGUACACAGAAUACAGUGCAAUAUUACUCACAUUAUUAAUGAUAGCGUUUGCUAUGGUAGCACAUUGGCUGGCAUGUGUCUGGUAUGUGAUUGGCUUAUCCGAAAUCGAUGACAAGUCAACAGUAAGCUGGCUUUAUGCACUUGGCGAAGCAAUCAACAAACCAUACGGGAACUUUACACUGGGGUCUGGACCCGACGAGGGAUCAUCUUACGUCACUGCCUUGUAUUUUACGCUGAGCAGUAUGACCACCGUCGGAUUUGGUAAUGUUGCAGCAAACACAAAUAGUGAGAAGGUGUUUGCUGUGGUGACUAUGCUGAUAGGAGGUUUGUUAUCCUCUAGUGUAUCUGUACUCCAUUUGUGCGACUUUAUUGAAUGGUUCAAGUCAGUUUUGAACAUGCUCCUUGUCUUAACAACCUGUUUGAAUUCCUAGUUUAAUCCAUGGAAAGGGGAUUAAGGUGAUUCCCUGGUUUUGUACUGCGCAUCUCUUACUGCGCAUAACAAGGUGGCCUCCGUAAAAAAGAGCAAGUGAAGUAACAUUAUUAAAAUGAAGUUGACCGCAGAGAAACGCUAUUGCAAUUUUUGCUUGCGGUUGUUUCUUGCCGAGGUGAGACUCAAUGUGGUGGGAAUGUACAUAACGUAAGCAGUACGCGUGUUGCCGAGUUCGACUUCCUCACUGAGAACCUCGAUAGUGGAUGUUUAAUUUGUGCUUAUGCACCUUGAUUUUCAUUUAAACGCUUUCUUUAUCACAUUGUGUCCUAAAUGUGACAUCUCGAUGUAAAUUCUGUAAAAACGGAUUUUUUAAUACUUUCUUCCCCCUUUCGCAUACAUUCUAUUUUGAAACUCGCCCCAGUCCUCUCUCAAAAAUCAAGGAAAAUGCAUUUGGUGUGCACUUUCUGCAGCUCUACCGCAAAAACGAGUACGGUGACCCCCAUUUUUUAUUUCAUGAUUUUAAUAAGGACAGUGCUUCCUUUCGGUGAGAAAAAAAUUCGCACAAAUCUAUGUUCAGUUUUUUGGCAAUUUUACUAAAUUGUACGGAUUGAGCUAUCACGUGUCGAAUAGCACGUGUCCAAUUUAAUUCUACUUUGGAGCGUAAAGUAAAAACAAGGGCAUUAAAAGGCAUUUUUCUGGUACGUAAGUGGAUAAACAAUACACAUGCGAUACCACAUGCAUCAUUGAAAAAAUCUUUCCUUUUGUGUCUAGUUUUGGGUUGCGCGCAGUUUUUGUUGAAGGGUCCAAAAUAGCCGUAUUUGUCAGCAUUGUGACGUCAAAACGAGCACGGUGACCCCCACUUUUUAUUACCUUUUCAUCAUCUUCUUGACUUGUUACAUCAGUGUACCAAGUUUCAUCUACAAUCUAUGUUAGGUUCUUUUACUACGGAAUCACCUUAAUUUCGUAAGGGCGAAGGCUUUUUCUCAGGUUUUAUCGGAUCAGCUUAGGUUUCUGGGAAACCGCUCACCUAUCCCUCCCCUAACCCAACAUUUUGCCUUCAGUGAGAAGUAAGUGUUAAUGAUGACUUUGUGGAGGGGUAGGUGGGCAGUUUCCCAGAAACCUAAAUUCCGUUUUAUCUAGUAUAUAAAAAGUAUACAUCACAAGUAUAUCUCAGCACAAAACCGUCAUGCUGGAGAGCAAGGAACGCACUGGCAGAAGACAAACAAAGGCAAUUACUAAUUUCAAAUGGUGUCCUUGUGCUUCCCUUGCUAUCAAGCAUGACGGUUGUGUACCACGUAAAUGGACAAGCUACACAGGGCCUAUUGUUUAAAUUUACACUAUGAACUAGUUCUAUUGUAUAUUUCUCAGAAAACGUUAUAGAAACACCAAAUAACCUUUUUCUUUUACCUUUAUGUAGCUCUAAUGCACGCUGCCAUAUUUGGAAAUGUCGCCGCCAUUAUUCAGAAGCUUUAUGCCAAUCGAGUUCGGUACCAUUCCCGCGCGAACGAAAUCAAACAGUUCAUACGGGUACACAGGAUCGAGCAGGAUUUAGCCAAUAGACUUGAAGAUUACUUUCACACCACGUGGUCACUGUCCGGGGGCGUUGAUACCAGUGAGGUAAGAAAAAAGUCAAACGUGAAAAACAUAAAAGAAAGGAUUCGUCUUGGUUCAGUUAUUGACUCAAGAGUUUUUCGAGAUAACCAUUUCUAUUUGAUCCAAAGAAUUAACACUUACAUAUUUUUUUUAUUCAAAAGUUUCAGAUCUACUCACACAUGGCGUUUGACGAUUAAGUCUCCCCCAUAUAAAUGUUGUGGUUCAAUUUUAUUCGGGAGUUAUUUUUGCUUUGUUUCAAACUCGUAAUUGUAUAUUAGCCAUACCUCAUUGCUCAAGACAGAAGAAAAUAAAAUUCAAACCAAGGAUAAAAUAUAAAUUCAACAAUUUUUCGUCAAGUCCUUCGGUCACCUCCGUCGUGUAGUAUGCCCUCUGGUGUUUUACCCUUGCAAACUCUUACUAGGGACCUGACGAAACUACGACGGUGAAGGUGUACUUAGCAAAACAACAAUUCUGUACGUGCAUCACGCUUUUUUGUACAUUUCUUUGCCGUCCCUACACAACUGCGACGAGAAAUGACCAAAAUUUAAGUUUUUUGAGGACGGGAAAGGCCAGGCGAUAAAAACUACCAUCUCUGUCUGAAGUCGGGCGCGGCCCCCUCUAUUCAGUUCCAACAUAAAUCCCCUUCUUCUCGGAAAAAGGGCGGCUUGGGAAAACCGCGAAAUGGUUUGAAAGGAUGUGGAGUCUAUUUUUUUCAGUGACGUUUUCAUUUUACGUCGCCGUUGUCGGAUCGUAAGGUCUCUACUAAGGGAGAGGCGGUAGUUAAUACCUUGAAGUCCGUAUCCAGGGGUCCGAGUUGAGCCCCUGCCUGAACUUGUUGGGGUAGCCCAAGUUAAGGUAAAGUGUUGUUUCCAAUUAAACUAGUAUAGGAUUAUUUCAGGUUAGAUAAAGGAAUUCCACCAUUUGGUUCAGUAAGGCAAUUCUAAUACGUUAAUAUGCCAGACGCCGUUGCCAAAAUUAACUAAGCCAUAAGUUCUUUUCUAAUUUUUCCACGAAGAUUCUCACUACAUUUCCUGAUGAACUCCAGUCUGACGUGUGUAUGCAUCUGUACAAAGGACUUCUUGAGCUCAACUCCUUCUCCCAGGCCCCCCGCGGUUGCCUUAGAAUGCUCUCGCUUCAGGUGCGCACAGUCUAUAUGGGACCAGGGGAAGUAUUGCUGGCUCAAAAUGACGUCAUCAAUGCAAUAUACUAUAUUGCAAAUGGCUCGAUGGAGGUUCUCCAAGGAGAGUCAGUGGCUGCUAUACUUGGUAAGAGUAUUGUAAUUGUAUUACAGUUUUCGGUUUGUUUUAGUUGUUCUAAGAGUGAAAAAGUACAACAGUUGUGAGACACAGAGGUCAGUUGUUGGAUGUUCACUAUAAUAAAUCAAGAUUGAGCUAAAUGAUGUAAAAAAAAAGUGCUUUUUUACUGAACCUCUAAGACUCUGAAACGAACUACCAAAAGAAAUUGCAUGCUCAAAUUCCAUUAAGAUGUUUAUGGGAUGCUUAGUUCUUAUCAUAUUGUCAUGUCGAGGUGGCCUCUCCUUCAAGCCUGGUGGUUUCUUGAGGUCUUCUCGCCCAACAACAUGCAUGUAUUCUGUAAAAUUCAUUUAUAAUAUCAAGGAUAAUAAAUGAUGAUGAUGAUGAAACUGAGGACUCGUUUAUUUAAAUUUGUUGCUAUAAGGUUCCAUUGCGUUGGUGCAAUUGGAAGAAUAAUUCUAUCAUUUUGAACGAAACGUUCAAAAGUUCCAUCUUCUCGUCUGCCCAAAAGGGCAAUAUCAGUAAUGUUUGUUGGGGAAUUUGUAAAAUUAAUAUACUGGUAAUAUAUAGAUUUAGCCUAGGCUAAAGGCGAAGCUCCCGUUAAUAAAUUUAUAAUUUACUUUACACAAUAAACUUGCAACAAUUAAUUGCAAAGAGUUGAGCCUGCGAUCAGUCAGCGGAGAACUUAAAAAAAGUAACCUCGAUGGGUCCACAUCUGAGCCCACGAUACGGUCCUGUGAUACUGGUCAGCAGAUACCAAGUUUUGACAGUUGUCAAUUGACCACAACAUGGAUGUGCAAUAUCAGGUUUUAGGCCGGUUGCAGGGUCCAAAAAUUGCUAGAAAGUGUGACAUUUUACAUUGGUUAGCCUGUGGUGCAUACGGACGGCCGGUCAAGGGGACGUGUGGUCACGUGACCACCAAAAUUUCUUGAAUGGAUAGAUAACCAAAUUUUCUUAGCUAUGGGGCUGCUCGAAGCACGCGCGUGUGGUCCGCUGUCUACUUGUACACUUGUCUAGUUACUUUUUGGAAAGAGUUUUGUUGGGAACGCUAAAAAUUCAGUCUGAGGGAUUGAUCAUUUUUUUGCUUUCUAGGAAAAGGAGACCUUUUUGGUGAGGACAUAUCACGCAAGAUACCUGCUCGAAGAUCUAAUGGUGACGUCAGAGCUCUUACGUACUGUGACGUUUACUUUAUAACACGUGAACGAAUGCAGAAUGUUUUGCACUUUUACCAGGAUUUCGCGUUCAAGUUUUCCGAGAGCCUUGAGCUAACCUACGAUCUGGGAGCGAGCGAGGUAAUGUAUCCAUCAUUUUACUAUUUCGGAGCAAAAACACGUUUCAUAGAGGAACCAAACUGUUAAUCGUCAAAUACGUAUUCCAAGUAUGAUAUACGCUGUAGAGUGUUAUUAACUUGAGAGCUGAGGUAAUAUUAUUUUCUCUGGAGUUAUACACCGACCAAAGCAGCAAAGUACUGAAUACCCAUUUCAAACCGGAGAAAGGAAAAGUACAUAUUUACCACGUUCAAGAGUUCGGAGGGGAAAAUCAUCAAUCCUCUACUAAACCCCCGACUUAUUUAUUUCAAACACAUUUGAGGGGGGGGGGGGCUUAAUAGAUAGAGACGAAGGGCUUAAUUGAGAGUGCCGUCUUAUUUAAUUUAGCAAAGACGAUGGUAUCAGUUAUCCAUAAAACAAAAACGAGAAUACAAAGUGGAAAAGGUCAAGUACAAGAAGUUGGAGGUCCUGCAGCCGAGGAUCAAAAACAAUACGAACUUCCAGUUGGAGAAUAAACCAUCCUCGAUCAGUCCACAUGAAGUUUUGCAGUCGUGAUUGAUUGAUACAGUCUAUCAUUUAUCAGUGAACAAUAAUAAGGGGGAGGGGAGGGGGGCUUAAAAGAGGGGGGCUUAUUAAUUUUCUUUCGCUGGAAAGGGGGGGUUAUUAGAGGGUAGGGGAUUAUUUGAGAGGGGGGCUAAUAGAGGAUUUACGGUAAUUGGUUCCGUCAAUCACAAGGGGCUCUUCAUACAAUGGUCUGCAUUAAGGCCCCGUCCACACCACACUGGAUGUGUUUGAAAACACAACUUUAUUUAUCCAGCCUAGUGUGGACGGGACCUUAUUAAUUUAUCAUGAAACACGAUUUUAAAAAAACACUCUGGGCUUAAUAUGGGAAGUAGCCCUUACAGUCAGUCAAUUUAAUGAAGCUACGUUUUAUCCAGCGUAGUGUGGACAUGGGAUAAAAUUGAUAUGACAUAAAAUACAUUAGUGAAUAUGCCAUUGACACAUUUCGUUUAAAAAUGUUGACUUUGUGGUAUUUCUGGGAUAAUGAAUCUGAUUUUGAUAGUAACUGGUAUCACAUCUCCUUGAAAAAAAUCUCUUUUGAUUUUUUAACAGAUGAUUCAUUUCUCAUUGAGUACAUGAAAUGUGAAAGCUAAAGAAUUUACAGAAAAACAUUGCACUUGUUAUGAUUAUCGCAAGAAAAAAGGCAACGUGACCAGCCUGUUCCAGGCGCUCAGAUGGGGGGUAAUGGCGCGUCCUCUCUUUGCACCGUCCCCACCAUAUGAAAGCCUGGAGGAGGCUAUAUUACGUCAUGGCUUAUUACAGUACUAACAGUGGUAAAUCAUUUUUGUUUUGCCAAUUUUCCUAGCGGGACAUCUGGCGAAGGGGAGGCCUGGAUUCCAUCUCAGAAGAUGAAGAGGAGGAAGAGGAAGAAACAGAGUCAAUCUCAGCUGAUGGUGGCCUUAAUCACGUCAGUUAUACUCUUCAAUCAAAUCACUGCUACGGGAACUCGGGACGAUUAAAUAGGAGACCUGGGCAAAUCUUUGACAUGUACAAAAAACCGAACCACUUUAAAUCCUCGGAAUUAUGGCGUGGAUUUAAGAAAAACAACGUUUCGAAGGGCAAGUCUCGUGCAAAUCAUGUAGAUCAACAACUUUUAUCUAAAUUGCCAUCAGAGGAAGACAGCGAUGAGAACAUUUCAAUGCCCCAGUCUCCAAGAUCACUAAAUCGUCAGUUUUCAAUUGACAUCAACGCCGAUGUUAAGGAUAGUGGUCAAGUCUUCUCACCGGAGGAGAAAUCUUCAAGUGAACCACUUUCCAACCCAAGCUUAGAGUGGGAUCAAGAAAAUCUUGCCUUGAAUAAUAACAAUAACUUACUGCGAAAUGAAAAUAAUUUAGAAAGUUUUGAAAUGACAAGCAGAGAAACUGGAAUGAGUGUUUUGGGAGAGAUCGCUGGGGACAAAGAAUACCAUGAGGAAGAUAAACUUCUCGCAGAUCAUAAUUCUUUUGGCAACGUGUCCAGUGAUAACUGCUCGCUGGCAAGUAAUAAGCCAGCACAGGAAAAGAAAUUAAGCAAAGAUAAAUCAAAACAUCUGUACUUAGCUUAUGAACUUGAAGAUGAGGAUAAAACGUUACCCUACUCGCAGGGAAAUCUUGAAAAUAUUCCUGAGCUAGACAAAACAGAGAAUUUUUCAGGAAUUAACAACGAUGAACAUAAGCCUAGUCAUUUCAAAGAAGAGUAUGAUGAUACUCCGAGGCGCUCAUGUGAAAAUAAUGAGAGAAUAGGCUACACUGAUUUUGACUCUAUGUGUAAUACACGAAGGAGUUCGCCCUUUAUCUCGUCACCAGUCCUCAGUGGGUCAAACAGAAGCCCCGUCCAUAGCAUUCCAGUGUCACCUAUACAAAGCACCCGUGGAAGCAUUAAACGUGGGUUUUCGGAGCUCCCGUUCAGAAACAGCCUACCUGAUAGCUUAGGACAAAGCCGACCUACUAGUCCAAGAGACAGUUCCAAAAAAAUCUCUCCCGGUGUUUCUUCAAAGGACCCGAGGGAUAACCGAGAAAACUCCGGCGAAGGCACAAAACUCUCCGAAGGUUUUCUUCAUCAAGAAAUACCUAAAAGUCCACGAAAUGUAUUUUCGGGCACAUUUUCCAAGUUUGGGACACCAUGUAGGCCAGUAGGGAGUCUUAAGGAAGGCCAUAAUUCACGCAGGGGACUCGCACGAAAAGGCCCAUUGAGGCGCACUAUGACGGAAUUUAACUCCCCAUCUGGAUCGAACAGCUCAUUAAACGAGAAACCACUUUCAUCCCCCAGGAGGAGAAAAGUUUCAGCGGUGAUGCAGCCACCCACUAUAUUUGCACCGCUGGUAACCAACGUCAAUAGUCCUUAUAAGGAUUUUGUUCCACCAGUACGUGAAUCCGCGAUUACUUGUGAUUGUGAAUCAGCGGAACAAGAACCAGGAUUGAAUUGCAGAAAUUGCUUAGAAAAGGCGACGAAGGAGGAAGACUCUGAUCGUACUGAAGAUAAUUCCGAGGAUCAAACUUAUGAUUUCUACAAUAACAUGGAGAAUAUUAUUGCUGACUAUCAGCGACAAAGUUCAAGUAAUAAAUGCGGUGAUUAUCGUUUCGAAGACAACGAUGGCGACUCUAACUCUCUAAUGACUCAAACGUCAGAACAUUCAUUUACACGGCAAGAGCUGAAGAGUGACCCGUCCCAAAAGAUUGACGAUUUGUCCACUGAGUAUGGUUCUAUUAAAGACCUUGGCGACCAUUUUGAACAGCCUUUUCCGUCUUAUUCAAGUCUUCAGCGGCGACCCAGCAUAUCUGGAGCAUAUUCAACGCAUUGCAUUGACGAGAAGGAAGAAAUACCAGAGAGUGAUGACUUAGGAGAAUUUUUCCGCCCAAUGAGAACAAGUUUCUCGGAGCCGCACUUAAGCCUGAGACUUCCAAUGUUACCUGGCAACAAUGGGAGAGCAGAACUUGGAACGUCACAUGACGAACACGUGAACAGUCUACUUAGUGACGACACAGCUACCCGGAACCUCGAGGAAAUUUUCAAGGACGUUUAUAGCACAAAAGAGGCUAUUGAAACGCUGGAGACGAUUUUAAAAUCACCUGAGCCAGACAUUGUUGCAGAUCUAUCCGAUACUAAGCAUACAGUUCAGAAACUAGAUGAACAGGUUUUAAACCUGAAUAGAGAAGUAGCGUCAUUGAGUAGUGACGUCAAGACCGUGUUGGAAUUGUUAAAAGGACUUAAAAAUGGACACGUAACAGUAUAA